AUGGGGCGCCGCGGGUCCGCGAGCGGGUGGCUCGUCCUCCUGGCCGCUCUUCUCGCCGCCUCUCUAGUCCCGUCGUGUGCAGCCGCUGAGGUGAAGACCAGCCCGACAGAGUGGAGCAUGAGCCUGAGCCUCCCCCUACCCAGCGGCGUCACCGGCGCCGAGAGCCUGGCCUUCGACGCGCGCGGCCAGGGCCCCUACACCAGCGUCUCCGACGGCCGCGUCCUCAAGUGGGGCGGCGGCGUCAUCGGUUGGACGACCUUCGCCCACCACGCCAACUACAGGAAGUUCCCCAUGUGCACCAUGCCCGUGGCGCCGUCGCAGGACACGGAGGGCCUGUGCGGGCGGCCGCUGGGGCUCGCGUUCCACCGCAAGUCCGGCGACCUCUACAUCGCCGACGCGUACAAGGGGCUCAUGAGGGUCGGCCCCGACGACGGCGAGGCCGAGGUGCUCGCCACUAGUGCCGACGGCAUCCCGUUCAACUUCGUCAACAGCAUCGACAUCGAUCAGGACACCGACGAUGUUUACUUCACCGACAGCAGUGUGACGUAUCCACGAAGAUGUGGUCCGGACGAGGGGUUUAAUGCUUCCAACCAAAUUCUACAUGGUAAUCAGAGCAUCUUCCUCUUAGAUCACGGAGAUCGCAUCUAG